AUGGCGGCACUACCUGCAUUGAAAAAGGAUCUGAGAAAGAGGAUCAAGAAAGUACUCGCCGACGUUUCUGAUGCGUCGGCUGCUUCGCAGACUUCUAAUGCCGUCGGAGUGUUGUUGGGAAUGCCGGAGUACAAGGCGGCGAGGCGGAUAAGCAUCUACCUGGCCAUGCCCACAGGCGAGAUCGCAACAACAAGAAUUGUUCGUGAUGCACUUGCUCAGGGUAAAACUGUCUUUAUUCCCUACACAUACAACCUCGAAGCUCCAAGAGAGGGGCAGCCAAAGUCUAUCAUGGAUAUGGUCGAGCUACACUCUAUGCAGGACUUUGAGUCAUUGCGGCCGGAUAAGUGGAACAUUCCCACUCCCAGUGAAGACUCUAUCGUAAACCGCUCAAACUCGUUUGGCGGGAAGGGCGCCACCAACGGCACUAUCACGCCUGCGAGCGAAGAAGCCGGGCUGGAUCUCAUCGUGAUGCCGGGCAUGGCAUUCGAUUCCAACCUUGGCCGGCUUGGUCACGGGAAGGGAUUCUAUGACUACUUCCUGCGUCGCUGUCACGAUGCAUCGCGGGUGCCUUUUCGCGUCGGUCUGGCCUUGACAGAGCAGCUGCUCCCGCCAGCCGAUGCCGUACCCAUGGACAAAUCCGAUUUCCGUCUCGAUGCCCUGAUAACCGGAGACGGAGAGCUGCGCAGAGCCUAA